GCAUCAAUUAGGAAAACAAUUUGAAAUCAAAGCCGGAGGAGCGCGGUUCAGUGUUCACGUGAUAGAUUUUGGCGCGCGUAUCGGACUUACCCUUCUGCACACGGACAACCCACACCAGUUGGCUUUUUAAGAUGGAGAGACGACUAACAAGAUCCGCCCUUGCCCGGGAGCACCAAAAACAACGUGCUGAACGUUCUGACAAUGCCCAGUUAGAGAGGCAACGUGGGACAGAGUCGCAAACACUGGACUCUGUUAUCACUGGAAGAGGACAUGCAGCCACCGCAACCAAAGGUCCGAAAAAUGUCAAAAAGAGAAGAUCAGAUCCAGGGAGACGACAGGAAGCUCAUGAUGAUGGAGGGGUGUGCCAGAAGAGAGUUAACAAGACAGUCAAGAAAAAAAAGAGAAUGUUUGGAAGACAUGGAUUGGUCGAUGACACAUCUGUCACACAUGACGAAGAACAACCGUCAACAUCAGGAAGCUCUACCAUACAAAAGAAGAUUGCAACUCUUACACAUGAUGAUGAUGAUGAUGAUGUUGAAGACAGAACUGAGUCAGAGCAUCGUUGGCAGCCCAACUUGGGAACGACCCCUAAACGGUGUUGGGUGUGCAGUCAAGCUCCGAACAGUUCCCAGUCAACAACAGACAACUGGGUCUGCAGGUACAGUACCCGGGUCGCUGCGACUUUAGGAGCUGCUUUGGGGCCCAGUUGGAGGUCGCUCAACAACAACAACAUCGUCAGCACAACUCAAAAUCUCAUUAUCAUUACCAUUAUACUAACAUGCCAACUUUCUCAGAUGCAGAGCACAAAAAGACGGCAAACAGAUCUCUUGGGAAGAAGAAGACAGCAGUUAGAAAAGAACAUCGUGAAUUUGGUAAGAUGAAUUUCUGUUGAAUAGAUCCAUAUAACAACAUAAGAGACUCAAACUGCACAAGUCAC